GGACAAGGGGCCUAAGAACGGGAGACAUGAUGUAAUCUUGCGUUUGCGCAUUCGUUACAAGACAUCCCACUGCUCUCCUGGACCGGCCACCCAAAGCUCCAAGCUCACCGACGAGCUCGCGCGUUGUUUAGUACGCAUUUACCUAGCUCCAGGCGCGACUCCAGCGAGCGCGACGGUCAAUUUGUUCAUUCUCGAGACGCCGCCUCUAACGGCCACAUUGGACUCACAUUCCUUGUCCCAGUGGCAGGUGAAACAUCUGGGUGUGCCUCCGUACCAGGACCUUGAUCAGAGCAUCCAUAGGAGCGGGAAUUGCACCUUUGGAGCCUCCGAGAGCCGGAUACACAGGGCGCAGCAAAGAUGGAUCCCAUUGCGGUGAACUCGUCAAACACGCUGGUGGGCGGGGGAAAAGUGGCCGGAGACGAUAUCCCCAAGGAUGGCACCGGAGUCUUGAAGCUUGACCCUUGGCUCUCGCCUUUCCAGGACUCGCUGAAGCGACGCUACGCCAAGGCUCAGGAAUGGAUCAAGCGGCUUAACGAGACCGAAGGCGGCCUGGACAAGUUCAGCAAGGGGACGGAUAUCUUCGGCCUGCGAGUGAAAGGCGACGGUACCAUUGUGUACAGGGAAUGGGCGCCUAAUGCUGUCCGAGCUUCUCUGAUCGGCGACUUCAACAAGUGGGAUAGGAAAGCCCAUCCUAUGAAGAAGAAUGAGUUCGGUGUCUUCGAGAUUACAAUCCCGCCCGCCGCUGACGGCAAGCCCGCGAUACCGCACAACUCCAAAAUCAAGAUAUCCCUCGAGCUCCCAACGGCAGAAUGGGUCGACAGGCUGCCCGCUUGGAUCAAGUACGCCACGCAGGACCUCUCCAUCUCGCCUGCGUACGAUGCCCGCUUCUGGAACCCCCCCGCGGAAUCCAGGUACUCCUUCAAGCACGAGCGGCCCAAGAAGCCCGCCAGCCUGCGCAUCUACGAGGCCCACGUCGGCAUCUCGUCGCCCGAGCUGCGUGUCACCACCUACAAGGAGUUCACCAAGAACAUGCUUCCACGCAUUAAGAACCUGGGUUACAACGCCAUCCAGCUCAUGGCCAUCAUGGAACACGCCUACUACGCCAGCUUCGGCUACCAGGUCAACAACUUCUUCGCCGCCAGCAGCCGGUACGGCGAGCCCGAGGACCUGAAGGAGCUAGUCGAUGUGGCGCACAGCCUGGGCUUGGUGGUGCUACUCGACGUCGUGCACAGCCAUGCGUCCAAGAACGUGCUGGACGGGCUGAACCAGUUCGAUGGCACAGACCAUCAGUACUUCCACGAGGGCGGCCGGGGCCGGCACGAGCUCUGGGACAGCAGGCUCUUCAACUAUGGCCACCACGAGGUCCUGCGCUUCCUGCUCAGCAACCUGCGCUUCUGGAUGGACGAGUACCGCUUUGACGGCUUCCGGUUCGACGGCGUGACUAGCAUGCUCUAUCUGCAUCACGGCAUCGGAACCGGCUUCUCUGGCAGCUACCACGAGUACUUCGGGCCCAGCGUUGACGAAGAUGCCGUCGUCUAUCUCAUGCUGGCCAACGAGAUGCUCCAUACGCUGUAUCCGGAGGUCAUCACCGUUGCCGAGGACGUGUCGGGCAUGCCAGCACUAUGCCUGCCGCUCUCUCUGGGAGGCGUUGGGUUUGACUAUAGGCUUGCCAUGGCCAUCCCGGACAUGUGGAUCAAGAUCCUCAAGGAGAAGAAGGAUGAGGACUGGGACAUUGGCAACAUUUGCUGGACUCUGACAAACCGCCGCCACGGGGAGAAGACGAUUGCCUAUGCCGAGAGCCACGACCAGGCCCUGGUUGGAGACAAGACGCUCAUGAUGCACCUCUGCGACGCCGAGCUGUACACCAACAUGUCGGUCCUCGGGCCGCUCACUCCGGUUAUCGACCGGGGCAUGGCGCUGCACAAGAUGAUCCGGCUGCUGACGCACGGCCUGGCCGGCGAAGGCUGGCUCAACUUCGAGGGCAACGAGUUCGGGCACCCAGAGUGGCUCGACUUCCCGCGCGAGGGCAACCAGAACUCGUUCUGGUACGCGCGGCGGCAGCUGAACCUGACCGAGGACCACCUGCUGCGGUACCAGUUCCUCAACAACUUCGACCGCUCCAUGAACCUCUGCGAGGACAAGUACGGCUGGCUGCACGCGCCGCAGGCCUACAUCUCGCUCAAGCACGAGGCCGACAAGGUCAUCGUCUUCGAGCGCGCCGGCGUCGUAUUCGUCUUCAACUUCCACCCGACCCAGAGCUUCACCGACUACCGCAUCGGCAUCGAGGCCCCCGGCACCUACCGCAUCGUGCUCGACACGGAUGCCAAGGAGCACGGCGGCUUCUGCCGCCUCGACCAGAGCACCCGCUUCUUCACGCAGCCGCUCGAGUGGAACGGCAGGAAGAAUUGCACCCAUGUUUACAUUCCGUGCAGGACUGCUCUGGUUCUGGCGCCCGAGUCGACAAUAUCCCAGAAGUAAUACUCUCGGCUGGGAGAUGGCGCCCGGAGGUAGGAGGGCAUUGUAUUCAGUUGCGGGCACGGGCUAAAAGGCGGCGGGGAUAAGA